UCGAGACAACGAAGCAAAAACCCUUCUCAAUAUUCCAUGGUGACAUCCUCCUCCGCCAUCUUUGCCACUAGCGGCCAGAUGAUCAUAACCAUAAUACUCCUCAUCCUUUUGGAGUCCACCACCUCACAUGCAAAUUUCAAAUUGCCUAAAUCUGAUACAAAACUUUUAGAGUUUCCCUUAAAUUUAGAAUACUUGGAAUGUGAAUUCUUCUUAUUUGGAUCUUUGGGUAGGGGUUUGGAUCAAAUCCAACCGAAUCUUACUGGUGGUGGGCCACCACCGAUCGGUGUAAAACAAGCCAAUCUAAGUGCUUUAAUUAGAGACAUAAUCACCCAAUUUGGUUAUCAAGAAGUUGGUCAUGUCAGGGCUAUAAAAAGCACGAUUCUUGGAUUUCCAAGGCCAUUGCUGAAUUUAAGUGAAGCAGCAUUUGCAAAUGUAAUGAACAAUGCAUUUGGAGAGCCUUUAUAUCCACCUUUUGAUCCAUAUGCCAACGAUAUUAAUUAUUUGCUCGCGUCCUACGUUAUCCCUUAUGUCGGCCUUACAGGUUAUGUAGGUGCAAAUCCAUAUCUCCUAAGUCCCAUUGCAAAAAAGCUUGUUGCCGGUCUUUUGGGUAUCGAAGCAGGUCAAGAUGCAGUUAUUAGAAGUCUUCUUUACGAACGAAAGACAGAAAAGGUGAUCCCAUAUAACUACACAGUAGCAGAAUUCACUAACAGAAUCUCAGAGCUUCGAAACAAAUUAGGUCAUACUGGCAUAAGAGACGAAGGCCUUAUUGUCCCACGUUACUUAGGGGCUGAAGGGAGGAUAAUGGGAAACAUUUUGUCUGGCGAUAAAAAUUCAUUGUCAUAUAGUCGCACACCAAGGCAAAUUCUUCGUAUUGUUUAUGAAAAUGGAAAUGAACAUUAUCCCGGUGGAUUUUAUCCUCGUGGUGCUAAUGGGACUAUUGCUCGAAAAUAUUUGAAGUAUGGAGCAUAUUUUAAAGAAUGAUUCGCUUGGAUUCUUUAUUAAUUGAUAUUUGUGAUGAAGCAUAUAUAACAUGUAAUGAAACAUACAAUGUAAUGGUGGGCCUGCUACUAGGGCAUUGGUAUUGAUAUUUGUAAUUUGGUGUGAAUGAUAAUAGUUUUAUUGUUGGAUGUCAAUGAGAUUGCUACAGUUCUUUUUAUGAAAAUAUUUCAACUACA